UGGUUCGUUAGCCGACACAUCUCAAAUUGAAACGUUUCUGUCAGUUGACUGCCUCGUUUGUUAUUAUUGUGUGUGGCAGAAAGACCGGCAGAAUCAAACCCAACAAAGUGUUUGUGUGUUUGUAUAUGUGUGUGUCGAGAAAGAGAGAGAGGAAGAGAGAAAGAGAGAGAGAGGGAGGGGUCAGAGUCUAUACUCCGCGCAAGAACUUCAGUGUAAUUAGCCAACCUCUUCCUUGGUUCGCUCAGUCCUGCGUUCUCACCCCAGCUUAUCGCCUCUCACCAGAGGCACGACUUGAUCGGCUUUGCUUCGACAGACAGCCAGCCUCCAGUCCAGGGAACAAGAUUUGACAUGGGAAGAGUAAGGAACCAUACCUUCCCAUCUUGACGCCGAUGCGCACAUCGAAAGCGCACGUCUUGGAUUUUAAGUUUUAUCACACUUAAAACUGUGAUCAUACUAUAGAAUAAUUAUCGGUUAAUGUGGGUAACUGUUGAUUUUUGUGCAGGCUACUUUCCAUCUAAUUAGACAAAAUACAUCGUCGCCCGAAUAGCUCUGUUGUGAAACAGCAACAGGUGGGAAGGCAGCAGAACAAGGAGUAUCCGCGCUCUGCACCUGCUCCUUUUACUGACGAGAGGUGCUACUGUAACCUAAAAAGCUCACAAAAUAUUGUGACAAGGGCAGAGACGAAAAAGUAAAACAAAAAAAAACAGUUCGGCAGACAUAUAGAAAGCAAGUGACAUCUAAAGAGAGAGAGGGGGAGAGAGAGACACCCCCUGGAGAAUAGCAGGAAGACCCGGCCCCCGGCCUGAGUGUAAUAGAGAGAGAGGGUGAGUGAGGGAGCGUUUUAAAGCGGGCACAGGCAUGAUGUCCUACAUUAAGCAGCCUCAUUACGCCGUGAACGGGUUAACUUUGUCCGGCCCGGGCAUGGAUCUACUACACUCCGCAGUCGGAUAUCCAAACACCCCCAGAAAGCAGCGUCGAGAACGGACCACGUUCACGCGCGCGCAGUUGGACAUUCUGGAGGCACUGUUUUCCAAAACGCGCUACCCGGACAUUUUCAUGAGGGAAGAAGUGGCCCUCAAGAUAAACUUACCAGAGUCUCGUGUACAGGUGUGGUUCAAAAACCGCCGCGCUAAAUGCCGCCAGCAGGCGCAGCAGAGCACUGGCCAGUCUAAACCUCGUCCGACCAAGAAGAAGGCCUCUCCGGCCCGUGAAGCCAACUCCGAGGCAAGCGUCAACACCAACGGUUCCUACAGCCCGGUACCUCCGCCCCCCGGCACCUCCAUCACCCCCAGCUCCAGCAGUGCCAACGCCACCGUGUCCAUCUGGAGCCCCGCAUCCAUCUCCCCGCUACCCGACCCGCUGUCUGCCUCCACCACGCCCUGCAUGCAGCGCUCCUCCGCCUACCCUAUGACCUACACCCAGGCCCCGGCCUACACCCAGAGCUACGCGGGCUCGUCCUCCUACUUCACCGGCCUGGACUGCAGCUCCUACCUGUCCCCUAUGCACCCUCAGCUAUCCGCCACCGGGGGCGCCCUAAGCCCGAUCACGGCCUCCUCCAUGGGCGGUCAUCUCAGCCAAUCCCCCGCGUCUCUGUCCUCGCAGGGCUACUCGGCCGCGUCGCUGGGCUUCGGGGCCGUCGACUGCUUAGACUACAAGGACCAGGCUGCCUCCUGGAAACUCAACUUCAACGCAGCUGACUGCCUGGACUACAAAGACCAGAACUCCUGGAAGUUCCAGGUCUUGUAGGCGGGGUCAGAGGUAAGGAAGGGACCGGCCAGAAGCGACCUUUCUAUUCAGUGUUAAAGACUUGGACACGUACAUGGUUUAACUAAUCAUUUCAGUCCAUAAACUUGUUGACUGAAAAAAUGUGUAUUACUUGUUGUGUUAUUGAAAGCAAUGUUGAAGCAGGUCCACUGAUGAUAGGGUCUGUGUUUUUUUUUGAGAGAUAACAAGAAAUCUGAAAUCACAUCAAUAUUGUUUAAACAUUAAUAUCCAGUCAAUACAGUAUUAUACAUUUGUGGAUUCACAUAUAAUGGGAAAUUGAGGUGAUAGUCAUAAAGAAGUGACAACAAACAAAUCAACAGGUAAACAGAUAUGAGAAUAGAAUUAGGAGUGCAUAAAACAAUUGAAGGCAAUACUUUCCCAAUAAAAUGGAAACUAUUUAGAAUAUGAUAAUAUUUCAUUAAGCAGCAUAAUUAGCAUAGGGCCAAUCCUGGGAUUCAAAAGAAGUGUUUUGUGAACCCCAAAAAAUAGAGGUUGCAAUUUCAAUAAUUAAAUACGUUUUGGUUUGGUGUAUAGAAAGUAGGAUGCAGCAGGAGAAAGACCAGGAAGUGGAUCAUGGUCCACCAAGGUUAUUUCUGCAACUAUUGUGGUUGUCUGAUGUUGCUGAGUGUUCACUCAGAAAUACAAAGGCAAAGUGAAGUUUAACACCAAGUGGUUGGCUAGUCUUGAUCCUAUGACCAAAUUUAAUCUAGUGGUUAUUUUUGUCAUUACUUGAGAAACAUUAAAAGGAUGGGUACUUUAGAAAAAAAAGGAAAUGCUUCUGCCUUGAAUUUGAUAUUGAACAUACGGGAGGGAGAACCAUUUAUGGAGAAAAAACUGAUUAGAGUGGACAGAUUCUUUCAUUAUUUGUAUCUGAUAAAUUUUUGUUAUGAAGCUGCUUUACAGAUUUUGUGAUCUGAGAGAUCCUGGAGCCAAACCUACACACACACACUCAGACACACACACACACACACACACUGUUGUGCAGCGGUUGUGUCGUACACUGACAUCACAGUGUUUGUUCGAUACACACAGUGUGACACUCACAUACACAAACACAAACACACACACACACACCCACACACCCUCACAACAGACACAUAGAUAGACAGUAACCGGCUGCACACACACAGACAGACAGACAGAUAGAUAGACAAACAGACAGACCAUAUAGACAGACAGACAGAAGCCUGGCUGGGCAGACCUUAGCUGCUUCUCAACAAGCAGGAAAUACUGUCAAGUAAAGCCCAAAGGCUAUUUGUUCCUCCUCCUCAGCAGCCUCGGGAGGGGCUCCUCAGCAGAGAGGGUGGCGGUGUGCAGGAGGGUCAAGGGGGUCGGCGGUGUCAGGGGUUAAAGGACAACAGGAUUGGUAACCAGGCCUCAUGCCUUUGAGCAUCUCCGGACAAAUCUUGUGGAAUGACUCAUAUCUGAGUACAAGGUUUUUUGGGGAUAUGCAAGGAGGACAACGCCUUCCCUUUGCAUUUCUUUCCUACUCGCGGUGGUUUGGAGAUGGGCGUUGGGGGGGGGGGGGGGGGGUUGCGCCACUGAUUGCGUCACUGGUACUUAUACUUAACUGAACCUGUUGCCGAAUAUACUGUCAAAAUGACAUAUUUGCAGUAGAGAAGCCUGGAGAGUAGGAGAAGGCCGUGGCUAUGUUAUCGCUAUCCAUGCACAGAAAACACUGAGCUACUCUCAGUUCAAACCUGUACAUGAGUGAGUUCAAACGUGUACCAUUUUGUGUUGAUGUAUUGUUUAAUCUUUUUGUAUUAGGCUAUGACAUACUAUUAUGUUUCUUUAAAUUUGUGAGUCCUUUGAAAGUAAAAUUGUUGUAAUUUGUUUGAAGUUAAUAUUAUUAUCAUUACUAUUAUUUACUAUUAUUAAUAAUUCUACAGCUAUUAUGAAUACUAUAUUGUCUUUUUUUUGGUUCUUUUGUAAAUAUUAAAAUUUACUUGAAAAUGCAUGUCUGGUACUGGCAGUGUGUUACAUGCAAACACCACACAACGAAUCUCUCACUCUCUUACUUCCUAGAAGCCUGCCAACAUUUUACCUUUCUGUUUUCUGGUCUCUUCUUUUCUGAACACUGUUUUUAUUUUUUUCAAACUCAGGGGUUGAUCCAAUUAAUGCAGCAGUAAUAGUUGACAAGGCUGUGUAUGGUUCUUGAUCAUCUAUUUUUAGUGUUUGCAUCUUAUGCUACACACUUUUUUCUGAUACAAAUGACUCCUGUGUUGUGUUAUUUCAUCCGACACCUGUCUGCCUGCCCAUCUUUACACGGUCGGUAGAUAGCCAUUUUGUUUUGAGACAUUAAAGAACUGAACAAAAUC